AUGAUGAAUUCUUAUAAAAAAGAUAAAAAAGCUAUAAAUUGUCAUCAGAAUGUUGAAUCAUCUGAAAUUCCUCGAAAACUAACUGGGAGUUCUGAAGAUGAUACAGAAAGUAAAGAGUAUAUUCCAGAAAGCUCUGAAUAUGAUACAGAAUAUAAUGAGAGUGAUUUGAAUGGCGAAGAUUGGGUAGAAAUUGCAAGAAAUAAGGAUUUCACAAAACAAUAUAACCGCCAUAGAAAUAUUUCAGAAAUCUCAAAGAAUACAACUGAAGGUUUUAAAAUGCUGCCUCGUAUGAAUGUGCAUGCAGCAGAAUCAAAUUCGAAAAGAACAGUUAAUUUUGAAACGGCUGAUGUUUUGAACAAAUAUAUGAACCGCUUAAAUCUUGAAAGCUAUAUUCCAUUAAAUGAAAAAACAAAGAUAUCAAAAGAUAAAGCAGAUAGAGCAACUACUGAAAAUGUUUUAGAUUUGAGGACUCGAAUUAUUCUUUUUAGGUUAAUCAAUAAAGGAUUUAUAUAUAAAAUAAAUGGUUGCAUUAGUACAGGAAAAGAAGCAAAUGUUUAUCAUGCAGUUACAGAAAAAGGAGAACAAAGAGCGAUUAAAGUCUAUAAAACAUCUAUUUUAGUUUUUAAAAAUAGGGACCGUUAUGUGUCUGGUGAAUUUAGAUUUCAAUGUAAUUAUAGUAAACAUAAUCCAAGAAAAAAAGUUAAACUUUGGGCGGAAAAAGAAAUGCGAAAUUUAAAAAGACUGUAUCAAGCAGGAAUUCCUUGUCCUGAGCCACUACACCUUCGUAUUCAUGUUCUUGUUAUGAGUUUCCUUGGAGAAGAUGGAUGGCCAUAUCCUCGCCUUAAAGAUGUAGUUAUAUCAAAAAGUAAAUAUGCAGAUUUAUAUUUGCAAUUGUUAUGUUAUAUCAGAAUUAUAUAUCAAGUUUGUCACUUAGUACAUGCCGAUCUUUCAGAAUAUAAUAUUUUGUAUCAUUCAAAAACGCUAUAUAUUAUUGAUGUAUCUCAGUCUGUUGAGCAUAAUCAUCCAAGGAGUUUAGAGUUUUUAAGGAUGGAUAUUUCUAAUGUUAAUAGUUUUUUUCGAAAAAAUGGUGUAAUUUGUUUAAAUCAGAGAGUUAUAUUUGAUUUUGUUAUAUCUGACUCUGGAGGAAUAACAAAAGAAGAAAUUCAAGAAACAUUAUUUCAAAUGCAGAAUUCAAUAGAAUGUCAAGAACCAGAAGAUUUUAAGGAAGAUAUCGUAUUUAAAUAUUCGUAUAUCCCUCAGACGCUUGAGCAAGUUCGCAAUAUAGAAGAAGACUUAGAAUUAAUUAAUAAAACACAAGGAGAUACUCUUACAUACAAAAGAUUAAUUAAUAUUCCUUCUGAAUCUAAAACAGAUACUAAUACGGAAUCGGAUUCUUCUGAUAAAACAGAUUCAGUAUCAGACGAUGAAUUUACUAAUGAUAAAUCUGAAUCCAAUUUAUCAAAAUUAAAAAAAUUCGAAGAUAAAACUGUAAAAAAAGAACGUAAAAUUCAAAUUAAAGAAUUAAAUAAAAAACGUAGAAUAUAUAAAAUGCAUAAAGCAGAAAAGAAAAGAAAAAUUAAAGCAUCUAAAAAAGGAAAAAACAAGUAA